ACAGAGAAUCCUCUGCUUCCUCAUUUUUCUCUGUUUUUAUUCCACAAAAAAACACAAUGAAAUCGGAGACUUUAACGUUGAUUCUAGUGAAUCUCGCCGGCAUAAUGGAAAGAGCCGACGAGUCAUUGUUACCGGGAGUGUACAAAGAAGUAGGUGCCGCUUUGCAUACAGACCCCACUGGCUUAGGUUCACUCACUUUGUUUAGAUCAAUUGUGCAGUCUUCUUGUUACCCUUUGGCUGCUUACUUAGCCACCAGACAUAAUCGAGCUCAUGUCAUUUCUCUUGGAGCUUUUCUCUGGGCUGCAGCCACAUUUCUUGUCGCCAUUUCAAGUACUUUCUUUCAGGUGGCAGUCUCAAGAGGCUUAAAUGGAAUUGGACUUGCUAUUGUCACACCUGCAAUUCAGUCCCUUGUUGCUGAUUCAACUGAUGACAGCAACCGUGGCAUGGCUUUUGGAUGGCUGCAGCUGACCGGGAACAUCGGUUCCAUCAUCGGCGGGCUCUUUUCAGUUCUAAUAGCCUCAACAUCAUUCAUGGGGAUACCUGGUUGGAGAAUUGCAUUUCAUCUGGUUGGCCUAAUUAGUGUCAUAGUUGGCAUUUUGGUUCGCCUUUUCGCCAAUGAUCCACGCCACCUGGAAAGCGAAAGUAGAGCUAAAGAUCAGAUAUCAGAAAAGUCUUUUGUCUCAGAAAUGAAGGACCUGAUCAAAGAAGCUAAAAUGGUCAUCAAAAUCCCAUCUUUUCAAAUUAUUGUAGCUCAAGGUGUGUCUGGAUCAUUCCCUUGGUCAGCUUUAUCAUUUGCUCCAAUGUGGUUAGAGCUCAUUGGCUUCUCCCACAACUUAACUGCAUGCCUCAUGACUUUGUUUGUGGUUGCUUGCUCUAUUGGGGGCCUAUUUGGAGGAAAACUCGGGGACGUUCUAGCGAAACGAUUUCCGAAUUCUGGGAGGAUCGUUCUGUCACAGAUUAGUUCUGGUUCAGCCAUUCCUAUUGCAGCAAUAUUGCUUCUGGCAUUGCCUGAUGAUCCAUCCUCAGCAUUCAUUCAUGGCCUAGUCUUUUUCAUCAUGGGAUUAUGCAUAUCCUGGAACGCACCCGCGACGAACAAUCCAAUCUUUGCAGAGAUAGUUCCUGAGAAAUCGCGAACGAGCAUCUACGCGUUGGAUCGAUCUUUCGAGUCCAUACUGUCAUCUUUUGCUCCUCCUAUAGUUGGAAUUUUAGCUCAACAUGUUUAUGGCUACAAACCAGUUCCCAAGGGAGCUUCAGAUUCAAUAGAGAUUGAAACAGACAGGCAUAAUGCUACAUCACUUGCCAAGGCACUCUACACAGCAGUUGGCAUUCCAAUGACACUUUGUUGCUUCAUUUACUCCUUUCUUUACUGCACAUACCCGAGAGACCGUGAGCGCGCGAGGAUGCACGCCUUGAUAGAAUCAGAAAUGCAACAGUUGGAAGCAGAUCGUUCUCCUUCAAUGGAGAAACACUCUCAACUUGAUGUUUCAGAGUCGAAAACGACUAAUGGGAAGAAAGGAAGCAAAACUGACAUAGAGCAUGGAAGGGAGGAGACGAAUGAUUUACAUGAUAAUGAUGAGAAGUACUUGCUUUCCCACACAUGAAAUAUGAACAUUGUGGUAGAAACAUCGACAACGCCACUAUUUUUGUAAAAUUUAUAGAUUCUUAUACAGGGUCAUUUCAAGUUUAUGAUCAAGGGAGAUCCGCAUAUGAUCUUCAGCUAUUUAUUCAUUCAAAAGCUGUAUAAUUUUAUGGGGCCUGAGGAGAGUGACAUGAUCUUCAGCUAUUUAUUCAUGCAAAAGCUGUACAGAAGUCUGAAGACUUGAGAUGAUGUAAAAUGGGAGGCUGCAUCUACUGAUAAAGUCCAUUGUAAACAUUAAGAUUUUUGUGUGCGUCCGAUCGAUCACGAUUAAGCGCAACAAAGUUACUUAAAACUUUUGUUUAAUGAACAUAUCAAAGAGAGUUAAUAAAGACUUCUUUUUGGUUUAUGAGCUCUUGUAUUUUGUGGACAAAAGAAAAUGUCUUC